AUGUCAUCAGGACUAAACGAUCAAACCGCAGCUAAAGGUGAUUUAGAGCACCACCAAGAACUAAAUACUACAGAAUCAGCUGAUAUUAGUUUGGACGGUAACGAAAAAGAUGACCUUCUGAAAUUUAUUCACACCCUUAAGCAAAAGCAGUCACUUAAUACAAGCAACAACCAAGAGCAAGAGCGUAGUGUGAGAAGUGCAGCAAGUAGUGUUAAACCUUCUGAUCUUUCUCAUAUGGUAGAGGCAACAAAUAUGUCAUUUACCGCUGAAUACAAGCCUGUUUCUAUAAAGGAGAAUGUUUAUUCGAUAACUGAGCUACUCAAACUUCAAAACAGUGCUCCUGACAGUGUCGUUAACAGCACCUUGGCUACUCUACCAAAAAAGAGUUUUUGGAGGUUAGGCGGUAGAGCACAUCAUGAAGGAAAGAAUCAUUUGCACAAGGAAGCGGGCUCCCAUGAAAAAAAGAACACUAGAAAUCGUGGAUCUAGGAAUAAUGGCAAGCGCGGCAACCCUAAUAAUAAUAACAAUAAUAGGAACCAAAAUCAUGAAUCAACUAAAGAGAUUAGUAGGGAUGACUUGCUUGCCAUGGAGGAAAAGCUACAGCCAACAGGGAACUCUAUGGCUGACUUUGAGAGGUGGAGAGCUCAGGUGCGGGAGCUAGAGCGGAAGAAAAAAGGGCUUAGCGCUACUGAUACAGAACAAGAUGUCAAAUUGAAGCCAUCAAACUCUUUUUCGGACUUUUUUAACUUCAAAAAGGACGAUAAUACCACAUACGAGGAACUCGAAAUAUCCGAGCCACGUUCAGCAACUCCUAAAGGCUCGUCUUCGAGAUUUUCUUCGUUCUUUAGCAACACUUCAGUUUCUGGCACCAGUGCAGCACCAGAACUCGGGGUUGCUUCACCCUCUAAUACAUCUCCGGAGUCUGCAGCAAGGACUAGUGGCUUCAGGUUAAUGUCAUUAUUUAAUAAAGACGAGAAGACUGGUGAGCCAGUAGCUAAUACAAUACCAGAAGCUUCACCUGGCUCUACUAAGGCACAAGAAAAGUCUCCAUCUGCUCCUAAUACUGGCGUUCCAAUCUCAACUACGAAACCUACCGAACAAUCUAGUCAGUUUUUCCAAAGCUUGAUGACAAAGGGUAAAUCAUCGAAUACAAAUAGACAGGAGCAACUUAGACAAGUUGGAUCACAACCACCAUUACCUCAGCAAAUGCUGGAUAAUAUGAAAAAUUCAGCUAAUGUCAAUGUCCCCCCAGGCCUAGCAAAGGCUAAUAGACCAGCGAAUGUUGCAGGAGUCCCUCCGCCACCAGGUUUCCCUAUGCACUUCGCACAUCCUCACAUGAUGCCACCAAUGAAUGGUCAGAUGGCUAUGCCUCCACCAGGCUUCCAAAACUUCACGAUGGUUCCUCCCCCAGGUAUGUUUAAUGGUGCGACGAUCAAUGCGGAGCAGGCCCCAGCAACCCCACAACAACUUCAACAAUCGCCCCAAUCACAGCAGUCACAGACUCAGCCGUCAGGACAACAGCAGAGCCAACAACGAGAUCAAUUACAGCAAAUGCAAGACCCUAACCAUUCACAACAAGUAUUGCAACAUCAGAGGGCCGAACAUUCUCAAGAAUCACAACAUGAAAGCCAGCAAGAAAGGCAACAGGUAAUAGGUGUAAACCCAUCAAAGCAUUGUCGAAAGGGCCCUCCUCCACCGUUUUUAUCAGCACCUGGAGCUCUACCACCAAUGCCACCAAUGCAAGGAGGACAACCACCUUUUGGUCAUCAACCCCCUACAGGAUUCAUGCCAAAUGGACAGAAAAUGGUUUCUCAGCCUCCUUCCGGGUUUGCUUCCUAUGGGCAGAAUAUUAUGCCUCAACCUGUCGCAGCUGGAUUUACCCCAUACGGCCAAAAGAUUUCUCCACCACCAUUAGCUGGAUUCAAUUCGUAUGGUCAAUCAGUUCCGCGUCAGUUACAACAGCAGAAAAAAUAA